CCGGACUUCUGGAGCACCGAGCCGUUCUUGUCUGUCUUGAUUUGAUUUUGGGGGUUGGUUUCAUCUAAAACCAUGCUGCAACUCAUGUGUCAGUCUACAAUUUUGAUGAAUUCCCAUAAAAUUGUUGAAUUCAUUGAACUACUCUAUCCCUAAUAAUAAAGAAAGUAAGGUUUCCGUCAUUGGUUUCGUACCUCACGAAAAUUUGCAUUGGCGAGCGAGUACGAACGUCGGGCGAAGGACUCCUGUUUUUCUGGGCCAAGCCAGCACGAUCGGAGUCCAAGCCGACUACUAUUUUCUGGGCCAAGCGAGCUUCCCACGUCCGCCUACGUCGGCCUGGUAGCCUGCAUCCUGCUUCAGGGCCCAAACCAAGCUCAUCAACAAUUCUUAAUUUCCUAAUCUACACGGAUACAAAUACUAAUCCGUAUGUGUAUAUACGGCACAAAUCUACCUUUUAACUCCUGAUGUCUCCAACUACAAGACCAUGGGCUGCUGUCAGCUGACCACUAGGUAGGAUAUAAAGGACCAGGGUCUACAGGCUGCAGCUCAACGACAACACACACAUUAAUAUUUGAAUGAUUGAUCAAGCUUCAUUAGUACCUCACGCGGUCACGCCAAAGAACAAUAUCACCAAGGCCAUUGAUGCAAGUGGUGCUCUAACGAAGUCAAUUUAUGCCCAUUUGUUUGACUGGAUUGUCGAGCAAAUUACUGCUCGCUUGGAAUGGGAAGACAACGUACACGAAGAUUAGGCACAUGGAGUCCCUUCCUUCGGAAUCAGACCAUAGGCACAUGGACUCUCUCCCUUCAAGUUACAGGCUGAAGAUAUAUUAUUCUUCUCUCCUUGGAUAUAUGUCAAGAGCUUUCUGUUCUAUUUCCUUUCUCUUUUUACUAAUCCGAAAAUCUAUUAUUUUGCUUGUAGAUCCGGAGGGUAGGGUAGAUCAGCAUGUCAUACCCACUCAGAGGUGAUCAUUUGCGCAGGUACAUCUAUCUUGGGUUGUUUGAUAGUGAAAUUGAAGCAGCAAGAGCAUAUGACAGGGCAGCUGUUCGCUUCAAUGGAAGGGAAGCUGUUACUCAUUUUGACUCCACUUCCUAUGAUAGAGAUGUUCUACCUGAGACUGAGAAUGAGGAUUCCUUUGAUAGUGACCUGGUCACCGGAGCAUUUGAUUGCAGAAAUGAUGACCAAAUGACACUUUCAGAGUUCAAACUUCAGAGAUAUGGUCAUGGUUCUGAAAGAGCUCAUUUUAAAGACCUUGAUGCUCGGUUGCCGGUGGGAGGGAGGUCCUCGGAACGCCGGUGCACGGGUCGUGGAGGGGAUGUACGUUCGCAGUCUGGAGUGUGCCAUCAGCGUCCUGUCAGCCAUCUACGGUGGCAACGACGGUGGUCGUGGCGCUGCAGGAGGUCGGCCGCCUCGGCCUGGGAUGGCCUCGUGUGAGGGAUUUGGAGGAAGAAAAAAAAAGUCACAAUUUUGCAAUUUACCCCCUUCCAUAUUAUUAAUUUUGGGUGUCUUUCUAAAUAAAUCGAAUCGUUUUCGUCCACGUCAGCAUCGAAAUAUAUGAAUUCGUAGUUUUCACCUCGCGCGCUCAUACGUGUCAAGUUGUAACACUCGAAUUUAGCAUUUUGCAAGUACGAUGACUAAUCUGCACAUGCGUGCCAAGUUAAUAGACUGACGGUGCAUUUACCUCUUUAACUAACGUAUUGUUUGCCAUCUUUGUAUUAGACAUAGAUCACUUCUAUAUUAACCUUAGUACUAAUUGGGAUUUCAUUAUUCCUUGAAA